AUGGAUUAUUCCUUGCAGAACCACGCUUCCUACAUCGGCCGUCCGGUCUCCGAGCUUCCAACUCCCUCCCUGAUCCUGAGCAAGCCCGUGCUAGAGCGGAAUACCCAAAGCCUACUGGAUGAUGUCAAACGGCUCGGGAUUACUUUCCGGCCUCAUGUGAAGACUCUCAAAUGCACCGAAGUUACGCGCAUGAUGCUCGGUGAUGGCGAGCACCGCCAGAUUGUCGCUUCGACAUUAAGCGAGAUUCGCGGAGCAUUGGAUCUUGUGAAGGAAGGCAAGCUAGACGAGUGCCUCUACGGCCUUCCAAUCUCCGCCAGCGCCCUCCCCCAUCUCCAAGAUUUAACAAAGAGCGUCAAAAUCAUCCUUAUGAUCGACAGCGAGCAACAAAUAGAUCUGCUCGACUCAUUCGCUUCUAAAUCAUCUUUGACCGUGGCAUGGCCGGUCUUUAUUAAGAUCGAUGUCGGUUCCAAGCGCGCGGGAAUGGUUAAUGAUUCACCCUCUCUACCGAAAUUGAUUCAGCGCAUUGAAUCUUCAUCUUCGGCUUCUGUUUAUGGUUUUUACUGUCAUGCUGGUCACUCUUAUGCGUGUCGCACGGAAGAUGCAGCUACUGCGGUACUGCAGACUGAAGUGGAGGGUGUUGUUAGUGCGGCGAGAUUCUUGGUUGGUGGGGAGUCUGAGAGGAAGAUCGUUGUUUCUGUUGGAUCGACGCCUACGGCGCACGUUGUUAAAAGGUUGCAGGGAGUUUUGCCUGAGGGGAUGGAGUUGGAAUUGCAUGCUGGUAUGUUUGAAAGAUUGUUGAAAGGAAAUAAGCUAACCAUAUCAUGUAGGAAACUACCCAGCCAACGACCUCCAGCAAGUAGCAACCUCCUCGUUGAACCGGCCCAACAAGCAGUCCGAAUCCUAGCGGAUGUCUGCAGCAUCUACCCAGAACGUAACGAAGCCCUCAUCAACGCGGGAACGGUAGCUCUUUCGAAAGAAACGAGUGAGUUCCCUGGAUACGCGGUUGUUACUGAUCGGCCCCAAUGGAGUGUUGUGCGUAUGGCACAGGAACAUGGAAUUCUCGGCUGGGCGGAUUCCAAUCAGACGAGUAGAUUUAUUGAGAAGGUUGGGUCGAAAUCGAGUGAAGGGGAGAAGGUUGAGAGUGCGUUUACGGUUGGCGAUAAGCUUUUGCUUUAUAUCCAGCAUGCUUGUAUUACUGCUGCUAUGCAUUUUGCUUAUUAUGUUGUUGACGAGGAUGAUAUUGUGAGAGAGACUUGGGUUCCUUGGAAAGGGUGGUGA